AUGGCGACCGAACUGACCGUGCAAUCCGAGAGGGCUUACCUCAAGCAGCCUCACAUCUUCCAGAACGCCAAGGUCAAGGUCAAGUCCACCAGGCCUGGAAAGGGUGGCAGGAGAUGGUACAAGGACGUUGGAUUGGGCUUCAGGACCCCCAAGACCGCCAUUGAGGGCAACUAUAUCGACAAGAAGUGCCCCUUCACCGGUCUCGUCUCCAUCCGCGGCCGUAUCCUUACCGGAACCGUUGUCUCGACCAAGAUGCACCGAACCGUCAUUGUCAGGCGCGAAUACCUCCACUUCAUCAAGAAGUACUCCCGAUAUGAGAAGAGGCACAAGAACCUCGCCGUCCACGUUUCCCCCUGUUUCCGUGUCGAGGAGGGUGACCAGGUCACCGUUGGCCAAUGCCGACCCCUCAGCAAGACUGUUCGAUUCAACGUUCUUCGUGUGCUCCCCCGAACUGGCAAGGCGGUGAAGAAGUUCAGCAAGUUCUAA